GCUGCGCCUCGGAGCCCGCGGAGCCUUGGCCCGACUGGAGAGCACCUCUCCGUGCUGGCAUGAUGACAGUGUGCAGGCCGGCCAAGGGCAGCCACAGCCAGACUGAAAACCUGAGCUACGAACUGGCUGGCAAGGUCAAGGUAGAAGGUCCAAAGGCUGGGGAAGACCCUGGAAGGCAGCCACUUAGGUCCUCCAUUCCUUUCCUAGAGACUGGUCAGGAUUCGCCCUUCCGAAGAAGCCCGCUGGAAAGCCUCAGUAACCUGGUGCUGGAGUCAAGAGCAGACGGUUUCCAGCAGAACAUGUUCAGCUCUAAUAUGAUCAUCAGCGACCCAGCUUCAGAUCUCAGCGCUAAAGAAGCCAGCGGGGCAGGCAGGAGGCAGCUGGGCGGUGUUCAGAACCCCUGCUUUCCUGCCCGAGACAGGGCCCAGCACAAGUCCCUCAGCAUAAAGGACAAGAUAUCAGAAUGGGAAGGGAAAAAGGAGCUGUCCACUCCUGCACCUGGCAGGAAGGCAGAUGGGCAAGAGGAGUACCUGGCCUCCUGUGUGAUGGAGAAGAGAAGUGAUGGAGUGAGGGCUCAUAAUGGAACGAAGCUGGACGCAGACAGCAAAGAGAAUGAGAGGAAUAAAAGGGUAGUGGGAGUUGGGGGACCAGAUGCGGAGCAGAGGCCAGACCUAAGCCAGCCAUCCAGGGAGCUGGCUCCCAGCUCGGGCAGAGACCGAGAGCCGAGGCCCGGCAAACAGCGCUUCCAGAACGACAGCCUCUCUGUGCUGAAGCAGGUCAGGAAGCUGGAGCAGGCUCUAAAGGACGGGUCGGCUGGCUUGGAUCCCCAGCUACCAGGGACGUGUUACUCCCCACACUGCCUGCCAGACAAGGCCGAGGCGGGGCCCGCCCUCACUGAGAACCGUGGGGGUGGGAGGGGCUCAGAAUGCAGGUCCCAGCACGUGGACCUGGCCCCGGAGCCAGCCCCCGAGGCUGUGGAGGGAAGGAGAGGCUCCUGCGGGAGGCCCUGGGACCACAGCCCGGAGAGUGUGUACAGGGGCCACCCACCAAAACCUUUCAUCAACCCGCUGCCCAAACCCCGGAGAACGUUCAAACAUGAUGGAGAAGGGGACAAGGAUGGGAACCCAGGCAUCUGCGUCAGGAAGGACAGGAGGAACCUGCCCCCUCUGCCCUCUCUACCUCCCCCGCCCCUGCCCUCGUCUCCCCCUCCUUCCUCUGUGAACAGAAGACUGUGGAACGGGAGACCGAGACCCAGCACGGACCACAGAAAGUCCUAUGAGUUUGAAGACUUACUGCAGUCUUCUGCUGAGAACAGCAGGGUCGACUGGUAUGCACAGACUAAGCUGGGGCUCACGCGCACUUUAUCGGAGGAGAACGUCUACGAAGACAUUCUGGAUCCGCCAAUGAAGGAAAACCCUUAUGAGGACGUUGAAUUACAUGGCCGCUGCCUGGGGAAGAAGUGUGUCUUGAACUUUCCUGGCUCUCCCACCCCUUCCAUCCCUGACACACCCACCAAGCAGCCAUUGUCCAAACCUGCUUUUUUCCGGCAAAAUUCAGAGAGGAGGAACUUCAAACUGCUGGACACUAGGAAGCUGAGUCGGGAUGGAACUGGGUCCCCUUCCAAAACCAGUCCCCCCUCCACCCCCAGCAGUCCUGACGACACUUUCUUUAACCUUGGAGAUCUGCAGAAUGGCCGGAAGAAGAGAAAGCUACCCAAGCUGGUGUUGCGAAUCAAUGCCAUUUAUGAGGCCCGGAGAGGAAAGAAACGAGUGAAGAGGCUGUCCCAGUCCACAGAGAGCAACUCAGGAAAAGUGACGGAUGAGAACAGUGAGUCUGACAGUGACACCGAGGAGAAGCUGAAAGCACACAGCCAGCGCCUGGUCAAUGUGAAGUCCCGCCUGAAGCAGGCUCCAAGAUACCCGUCCUUUGACCGGGAACUCGUCGAGUACCAGCAGAGGCAGCUCUUCGAGUACUUCGUGGUUGUGUCAUUGCACAAGAAGCAGGCUGGGGCCACCUACGUGCCAGAACUCACCCAGCAGUUUCCUCUGAAGCUGGAAAGGUCUUUCAAGUUCAUGAGAGAGGCUGAGGACCAGCUGAAGGCUAUCCCCCAGUUCUGCUUCCCCGAUGCCAAGGAUUGGACCCCCGUCCAGCGGUUUACCAGUGAAACAUUCUCAUUUGUCUUAACUGGAGAAGAUGGGAGCAGAAGGUUCGGUUACUGCCGGAGACUGCUGCCUGGCGGCAAAGGGAAGCGUCUCCCCGAAGUUUACUGCAUCGUGAGCCGCCUGGGGUGCUUCAGCCUCUUUUCAAAGAUCUUGGACGAGGUGGAAAAACGACGCGGCAUCUCUCCUGCGCUGGUACAGCCCCUCAUGAGGAGUGUCAUGGAGGCCCCCUUCCCAGCCCUGGGCAAAACCAUUGUCGUCAGGAACUUCCUGCCGGGGUCGGGCACUGAGGUGAUUGAACUGUGCCGCCCGCUGGACUCCCGGCUCGAACACGUGGACUUUGAGUCUCUCUUCUCCUCUCUCAGCGUCCGCCACCUGCUCGGUGUCUUUGCCUCCCUGCUUCUGGAAAGGAGGGUCAUCUUUAUCGCGGACAAGCUCAGCACGCUGUCCAAGUGCUGCCACGCGAUGGUGGCGGUCAUCUACCCCUUCACCUGGCAGCACACCUACAUCCCCGUGCUGCCCCCGGCUAUGAUCGACAUCGUAUGCUCGCCAACCCCCUUCCUAAUCGGGCUGCUCACCAGCUCCCUGCCGCUGCUCAGGGAGCUGCCACUGGAAGAGGUAAGCUCCUGGGAUCUCUGCCCGCCUGUUUUUGCUGCUUUACAGAUGGACGACGAGGACUCCAUUCUGCCCCGGAAGCUUCAGGUGGCCCUGGAACACAUUCUGGAACACAGGAAUGACCUGGCCGGCCCUGAGUCCAGCCCCCUGAACGAGGUGGUGUCUGAGGCCUUUGUCCGCUUCUUCGUGGAGACCGUGGGCCACUACUCCCUGUUCCUGGCGGGCGAGCGCGAGGAGAGGACCCUGCAGCGGGAGGCCUUCCGCAAAGCCGUCUCCUCCAAGAGCCUCCGCCGCUUCCUGGAGGUCUUCAUGGAGACUCAGAUGUUCCGGGGCUUCGCCCAGGAGCGGGAGCUGCGCCGGCAGGACGCCAGAGGUCUGUUUGAGGUCCGAGCCCAAGAGUACCUGGAAACCCUCCCCAGCGGAGAGCACAGCGGUGUCAACAGGUUCCUGAAGGGACUAGGCAAUAAAAUGAAGUUUCUCCACAAGAAAUAACCCUCAGCCCAGCCCCAAAGGCAAACUUCCUCCUGCAGCAACCGCCAUGUUUUGAAAACAGGCCUGGUGAUGUUUCGGAAACGUUGGGUCCUCAGGUGUUGCAGGUGCUGGGGAGAGGCCGGGAUGGUUUCCGGCUGCCACUGGGUUGUCCCCGUCCCCAGAUUGCCAGAACCGUGCCACUGCUUCAGGACAGCACUGGACAGGGGGCCUGAGACCAGCGUGUCGCCAACAUUCAGAUGGAUGGUUUUGGUUGUUUUUGGACUUUUUGGUUUUUUUUUUAAUCUUAGAUAUUAAAAAAAAAAGAAAGGUGUUUGGGUUUUCCUCUUAUUAUGCUAGGGCUAAGAAAACUCUGUCCUGCCCUACGUCAUCUCCCUGGCCCAUCCUGCCUUGCCGCUCGGGAAGAGAGGACGAGACGGAGCAGCGACCAGGGACAAAUGCCUGCGUUGGGGAGGAGGGCUGUGGUGACACCUACAGACACUCAGAUCCCAAGUCCUCUGGGGAGAGACGGGCCUUCUGAAUUGCUGAGGAGUCGGAGCUGGGCUCCAGGGAUUUGGCUUCCGGCAUGAGUGGUGCUUCCAGAGUGGCCAGUGAUGCCACCUGGUGGCCGAGGCCGCUGCUGUGGCACCGCUGAGUCUUCUCUCAAACGGACCUGACUUCUCGAUGGCCUCUUUUCCCUUAGAAGCCAUCGGAACGUCCACGGCAAGCCGUCCAUGACUUUUGAGGUACACACACGAAGAGGAAAGCGUAAGAUCUGUUAGCGGAAUAUUCUUAGGGUCCUGAAGUGUAGAUCACAACGUGUCACCUUAAAACACAUGAGCCGUGGCUUUGACCCUGUUCCCAUUCAUACCUAGGAAAUCUUCCCUUCUCAUUGUCAGGGCCCAGAUCAGCAUAAAUGAAAUGGCACAUGGAAAAUCGGAAGGACUUUUGUUAUUGGCGUUAACGAAAGGGAGCAUCGAAACGCGGGGGCAGCUUCGCCAGACUCUGCAGCUGGCCACCCUGGACCCGAAGCAGGGAGGCGAAGCAGGAAGGUGCGGGGGAAGGCUGCGUUCUGAGCGCUCCCCUGCGAGGGACCCAGCAGGGAGGCAGGAGAGCUGUGGGCAGCACAGGCCGGUCCCUAGAACAGCACCCAGGGCCACUGCACAUCCACCGGUGCGUCCCCUCUGGAUGGCGCCAGCCACCAUGAUACAGACACAUGACAGGGAUGUGCUCUGGCCACGGCAAAGGCCCAGGGGCCCAUGCUGCCCAGCAGAGGUUCUUAGCCGUGGGGAGUUGGGAGCCAGGGGUCUUCUGAGGAAGAGAAAAAUGAGGAGGUCGACCUGUCAUUCCGCAUUAAGAGUUCUUACCUGGAGUCAUGGGCCACCUCUCCCCGGAUUGUAUCCAAGAUUUGGCGUGUCCAUCCAUCUUUCAGGGAAGAGAAUCCACAGUUUACAUCAGGUUCUCAGUUCCAAGGUCCCCAUAACUGGUAGGAACCAGGCUAUGCAUAACAAUCAGCCUGGGUUAGUGUGGAUGGGGAUUGAGGGGCAGAUGGAAUGAGAAUCUCCACAUGCAGGGGCUCAGGGAUUUUUACCCAACGAGCUCCUCAGAUUAGUUAAGUUUAUUAAUACCAAUAUUCUGUCCAGAGAUACUCACUUUUAAUAUUUUGGAAUAUACGUUCUUUUCUAACUUAUUUCAUAUUAUAUUGUUUACUCAACAUCUCCAAGUGAAUAAAUAUGUCUUUAUCAAUAUGUCUAA